AUGACAGGUACAAGAGUGUCCAAGCCGGUCUUCCCUGCAGAGGCAGUGUCACAGGAUUAUGCUGCAUCUCUAGAUGCAGCAGAUCCUCUGCGUGAAUUCCGCGACCAGUUUAUCAUUCCCUCCAAGGCGAACCUCGCUACAAAGAAGCUGGCAAAGCCAGAGCCCAGCACGUACUUUUGCGGUAACUCAUUGGGUAUCCAGCCCAAGGCAGUGUCAAAGUACAUGGAAGCUCAGUUGGAUACUUGGUCAUCCAUCGGCGUCUCCGGACACUUCACCGAUCUUGAAGACUCACCAUUAAAACAGUGGCAACUACUAUCUGAACAGGCGGCUGCUUCAAUGUCCCGUAUUGUUGGGGCUGCGCCUGAAGAGGUCGCAGCCAUGGGAACGUUAACUACAAACCUUCACCUGUUGCUUGCAAGCUUCUACAAGCCGACUGAGACUAAGCGAAAGAUUCUCAUGGAUUGGAAGGCAUUCCCCAGCGAUCAUUAUGCAAUUGAAUCACAAAUCACCUGGCAUGAUCUAGAUGCAACGGAGAACAUGAUUCUUAUUGGCCCAGAUGAGGGACAGCAUGAGGUCUCAACAGAGAAAAUUCUGUCCUGUAUCGACGAACAUGCCGAAACUGCAGCGCUGCUUCUUCUCCCCGGCAUUCAAUACUACACCGGACAACUAUUUGACAUCGCCACAAUCACCAAGUAUGCUCAAUCGAAGAACCUCGUGGUUGGAUGGGAUCUGGCACAUGCAUAUGGAAAUGUGGAGCUGAAGCUGCACGACUGGGACGUUGAUUUUGCAGCUUGGUGCACGUACAAGUAUGGCAACGCCGGGCCCGGCGCGAUGGGUGGUAUUUUCGUCCACGAGAGACAUGGCCAGGUUGAUUAUAGCGCUGGAGCAGAUGCUCCCCAGUUCCGUCACCGCUUGACAGGAUGGUAUGGUGGUGACCGGUCAGUGCGGUUUAAGAUGGAUAACAAGUUCAAGCCUAUUCCUGGAGCUGGAGGCUUCCAGGUCUCCAACCCCUCAGUUAUUGAUCUGACCUGUCUUUGUGCAGCUUUGUCCGUGUUCGAUCAGACCUCCAUGGUCGACAUACGCCAGAAGUCUUUGAAACUGACAGCGUAUCUGGAGUUCUUACUUCUCAAGGAUACCAACGAGGAGACUCGCUUGUUUGAUAUUAUCACUCCGUCAGAUCACCAUGCCCGAGGUGCUCAGUUGAGUAUUUUGCUCAAGCCUGGCUUACUGCACAAGGUAUCUGAACGACUACAGAAUGCAGGUAUCAUCUGUGACAAGCGGGAGCCAGGCGUUGUUCGUGUUGCGCCAGUGCCGUUGUACAACACUUACUCUGAGGUGUUCAACUUCACCAAGGAAUUCAAGGGCGCUUUGGCCUCGUCGUAG